AUGGUUACAAAAGCUACAUUUGUUGGACCUGGUUUUACCAGAAAACCGCCAAAGUAUGAGCGUUUCAUUCGUCCAACUGGUUUGCGGUUCACUAAAGCUCACGUCACUCAUCCAGAACUUAAAUGCACAUUCAAUCUUGAAAUUAUUGGAGUGAAGAAAAACCCUAAUGGCCCUAUGUACACCUCUCUUGGUGUCAUUACCAAGGGAUCUAUAAUUGAGGUGAACGUUAGAGAACUUGGUUUGGUUACACAUGCAGGGAAAGUUGUGUGGGGUAAAUAUGCCCAGGUUACCAACAACCCAGAAAAUGAUGGUUGUAUAAAUGUUGUUCUACUUGUAAGCACAAGAAAAUUUCAAGCCACAAAGUUUGAUAAUGACCUCUAG